AUUUCUCGUUGUCCAAUUUCCUUGUGUUGCAGUAUAGCAUAAGGCACCAUUGCAUUGUUUUCUUGGAGCAAGCUACGCGAAUUUGACGAAUUCGACUGCAAUAAUUUGUUUAUACAACCAGUUUGUUUUGUUUAACCUCUGAGAAUGAACUCUUGGGGAUUCACACUAAGUCUAGGAUUGUUGAUAAAGAUAUCGAAGUUGCUCAAUUCUUGGAGGUGAUUCGUUUUGCAUUCACAAAUUAUGUCAGCUCUUGAUUGAGUCACUAUGAUAUUUCUAGUUGUUGCUGCAAUUUUUCAAUUCAUUUCUGGGAUUCAUGCAGGAUCCAUGCCAUCCAUAUGCCCAGAAAUAAUAUCAAGAGAGAGAUGGGGUGCUAGAGUGGCAUCUGAAGUUGAGUAUGCAAUCGUUCCCUUAGAAUAUGUCAUAGUUCACCACACUGUCACAAAUAACUGCCAUUCAGAAAAAAGUUGUUCUGAAUUAUUGAGGAAUAUCCAGAAUUUUCACAUGGAGGAAAUGGAAUUUCAUGACAUAGGCUACAAUUUUGCGGUUGGUGGUGAUGGCAACGUCUAUGAAUGUGCAGGAUGGCAUAAGGUUGGAGCCCAUACCAGAAAAUAUAACAGAAAGUCACUAGGGUUGGUGUUCAUAGGAAAUUUCUCAGAUGAUCUCCCUACUGAUAAUCAGAUCAAAGCUGCUAAGGAUCUCCUAGAAUGUGGGGUUCAAUUGGGAGAGCUUGAUGAAAAUUAUAAGCUUCUUGGAGGAAGGCAAGUCAGCAGCACAGCAAGCCCUGGUUUGAGAUUGUAUCGUAAAAUCAAACAGUGGACGCACUGGACAGAUAAACCCUAAUUGUAACCAAACAUUUUGUAUUUUAUAUAUCAAUAAAGAUGUUUUUUA